UGAAAAGAUCACAUUUAAUACAUCCUUCAGAUUAGUAUAUUUUAUUUUCUAGAGCGCCCUACGAUCCCUGUGAAAUGAACGUUGUCCACUGUCUUCUGCUUUGCCCAUUGUUUGCACAACCAAUACAUUAGGGCUGAUGUGCGUCACCUUGAUCGAGGGGCGUUUGGUAUUUAAAUGCCUCUUAAAAGGUGAUCUAUCAUUUGCGUGGGAAGGCGAUCGCAGCCAUUGCGGCGCUCACUGGCUGACCCGAGUCACGUGACGACCUACCAUUCACUCUUACAGAUUUGAGCCGGCUCGAUGGAGGAAUCAAGCAGGUUGGCACGGUCAUCCAGGUUGAUACAUACUGAUCAGUGACGACCUGAUCGGUCAGUGAUACACAGAAAAUGCUACAAUGAGCUCCUUCCUAGAUUACUCUGUGAUUAGUGGCGACGGAGGAUCCUGCUCGACCAAGGCUUUUCAUCCAGACCACGGAAUUUCAAGUUUCCAGUCGUGUUCUGUCACAGGUAAUACUUGCGGCGAUGAAGAUCACUUUAUCGUGAGCAGACUUUCGCCAGGUGGUAUUCCUUCCCACGCACACCAGUCGGGAUCCUACCCAACUCACAGUUCUUUAGGCUUCACAUAUGCCACCCAUACCGGUUGUGGCUCCAGCUAUGGCACACAAAGUGUUUGUCCAAGUUACAAUCACUACCCACUGAGCCAGGACGUGGACUCCAAUGUUAGCUACUCGCAAUGUACCCCUAUAGUUUACUCUGGGAACAUUUCGUCAUCCAUGUUGCAGCAUCACCAAGGUUACAGUGGAGCUACGAUGGGACAACUACAGUACACGCACGCGGCAUACGGACACGAGCAAGCGAACCUGUCCUUCGCUGCGUGCGGGAGCCACCUGUCCCCUCUAAAUGUCGCCACCCAUGACACCUGCUGCUCACCAUUGUCUGAGAGUACUUCACCGGCGCAGACUUUCGAUUGGAUGAAAGUCAAGAGAAAUCCUCCAAAAACCGGCAAAGCUGGAGAAUAUGGCUUCGCUGGUCAGCCCAACAUGGUGAGGACCAACUUCAGCACCAAACAGCUAACAGAGCUCGAGAAGGAAUUUCACUUCAACAAGUACCUGACCCGCGCCAGGCGCGUAGAGAUCGCAGCAGCGCUUCAGCUCAACGAGACUCAGGUGAAAAUUUGGUUCCAGAACCGAAGAAUGAAGCAAAAGAAGCGCGAGAAGGAAGGGUUACUAUCAAAAUCGCCAGGCACACAGACAGACAGCGACGAGAAAACCGAAAAUCAGUCAAGGAAAUUACCCUCCCCGGCCACCACACCAUCCCCCGCCUCAUCCACAGCGUCCUCUACGGCUGAACCCUAUACAUCGGGAUAAAGUAGUUCUCAUUAUUCAGGACACAACGAUCACAUGUAGCCUGUCCCCCAAACAACAAAAUGGCUUCAUAUACAGUUGUUGACAUUUUAAGUUAUGGGUAAUGGACUUUCAAUGCUUGUAUUUAAAUAGCCAAGCCAAAGAAAUGCACAAUUGGAGUGCUUACAAUCAGAUUAUUACCUGGAUUUUUUUAUUAAUUGAAGGUCUUGUGAUUUGUGUGAUCUACUGUGUAUGUGUACUUAGAUUCACUAAGUGCAAAAUCCUAAAAGUGUUGUUUAUCUAGAGAGUGAUAAAUUUAUGCCGCUUACAUCGAAUUAUGUUUAAUGCAGAUUGCACAGAUGACUAUAGUGAAGGCCUUGUUUGGUUGACCACAACUUAAGUUGUGUUGUGCAAAUUCUGUUUUUAUUGAAAUGGAAAUAACUAAAAGUGGUGUAAUUUGUGUUGCCUUAAUGUCCUCAUGGAAAGUUGUGGCAAAAGCGAAACUUAAUUGGCUCUCCAGACUGUAGGCUUCAGUAUAGACUGUAGCCAUUUUUGCCUGCCAUAAAAUAAUGUUACCUUCCGACUGUGAUGAAUUAAGUUUUUGUUAUAUUGCUUUCCAUUGAAAAUACUAUGUUUAAAGUUAUAAUUCCCUUUUUAUCAGUGGCGCAAACAGAAGUGUAUGGCCAAGUAGGCUAUUAUUUCCUAUAUUACUCUCAUUAAUAUAUAUUUUCAGAAAUGGAAAGCAUUUAAUCACACUGCUUGAUAAAAGGCUAAACUUAAAGCUUAAUCUGUUGUGAAACAAAUACCUCAUGAACACAAUACGUUCAAGUAAAGUUGAAAUGUAAUUGCACUACGGUAAGCCUACUUUUGAAAGUGGUAUACAGAGCAGGAAUCGGGGUGUAAACCUAAAUCGGUAUACAGUAUUUAAUUUCAACCUGUCUCCAGGUCAUAUUUGUUUGUGUCACGAGAGUGCUUUGGGGCCAUAUGAAUGUAUGAUCAAGUUUCACAAAAACGCCACAAUGAAUCAUAUCAUAUACUGAGUUUUAUCAGUUGUUUUUGUUAAUGUAAAGAGUAUGCUAUAUUUAUGUGUCAUGUA